GAGCAUAUCCCAAUAAAUGAAGCUACUUAUCAACAACAAGAAAUCGCAUGCGAUCAAAAAAUCAAAUCAAGUAAACAGAGAAAAACUGAUUUCGCUAUUUUUGAUGCAUUCGAAUUUGUUGAGCAGAGUGAUUUUAAUGAAGUUCAGGGUCAUCAAAUUAAUUCAGAAAAGAACGGUAUUGAAAAAAAUCGGGGUGUAAAUGGUAACUUUGAAAAUAGUUCUGUAAAUGCAAGUAAUAUUGACGAUAAUAAUAGCAAGGUAUGCGAACGAGAUUAUAUGGACGUGUCUUUUUUGUCAGAUUCACAUUAUCUUCCAUUCGAUACCCAAAAUGAAACUCCCAGCAAAAAUCCUGAUGUGCAAGAAAACACAACUACUAAUUCAGUCCAAAUGGAGCCUAGAAAUUCUUGGGAAUCUUCUCUUGCAACAUGUCAAGGCCACAGAGAAACUGCGCAGUCUUGUGCAUCUAAGCCGAUCGGAGCUUCGAGAGAAACUAUAACUGAUUUGAUCUCAGAUGGAAAUAUGACACCCUAUGAAAGGUCAAUUGAUUCGGAUUCAAUUAAGAACGAUCAGUACGAACUGGCAAACGAAACAACUUAUGCAUCUGUUCCAAAGUCGGUGCGAAAAGACGGAAGAAAAAUUCUCUCUGCCACUAAUUCUCUUUUCAAAACUCCAUUGAUGAAAUCUAAAAGUGAAAAAUCAAAGUCAAAUAGAAAAAGUCAAUGCGCAGAUCCGUUUCAGACUAAAACGAUUCGGAACUUGUUAAAUUUGAGCCUAGAUAAAACGCAUGAACAAUUAAAAUCACUUUAUAAAAUACCAUCUGGGGUUCAAUUUACGUUUGAAGCAUAUAGAAAUCAUCUGUUGCAACAGGCUCGCAUAUUUUGUAUGUUGUCUAUAAUGCCCGCUUACGAUAGUUUUAUCGGCUUCUGGACUGAUAACAGAAAUAAGACCAUUCUAAAUAUUGAAUCCAUAUGUUUGAAGUCGAAUUUUCUGGUCUUAAAGGACGCUCAAAUGAGCUUUUCUUCAAAGCAACAUGACAAGAUCCUGAGCAAAAUAAAGCAUAAAACGUACGAAGAGUCGUUUUAUGUUCAAAUACCACCAAAUAAGAGCCUUUUCAGUUCGUUCAGUCGCAACGAUAUAUGGAUCAUAAUUCCCAAAGAACACAGCAGUGAGUUCAUGGCUCGCUCCAUAAUGCCAUGGCCAUUGUGGAAUGGGCAUUUACAUCUGCAACUUUUGAGUUGCCCUGAGAAAUUUGAUUUGAAGUUCUUCAUUCGAACAAAUAAAGAGGUUAAUAUGGUAAGAAUUGCAUCGAGUGUUAAUGACUUAGAUUGUCUCGAUUGUAUUUCUGCAAAUUUGGCGGAUUUGGUGGGAGUAUGUACAAAUCCAGUGUUUGAAUCUCUAUGUGAUGUUCGUAAUCAUCAAAGUAACUCAAAUGACCAUUCAUUAAGCAGCCGUAAGAGAAGUGCAGUUAUUGUGAAGCCGGAAUUCUGUGAAAUGGUACUUUCUCUGGCAGAUGAGUUCGAGCAAGUUUUCAACCUUAAUGACCAGCAGAAAACAGCUUUGAACAAUAUAUGCUAUUCAAUAUGCUCUGAAAAUAGCAAUGAAGUUACAAUGUUAAUACAUGGAGUGUUUGGAUCCGGAAAAUCUUUUUUAUUAGCUGUUUUCAUUCAUUUUCUUGUAAAUUUAGCCAAUCAGUGUGCUUUUGAGGACAGCGAAAACUUUUCGAUAAUGGUUUGCAGUGGAACAAAUGUAGCUGUUGACAACGUUCUGGGGAAAUAUAUCGAAAUUGUGAAACAUUCUGCAAAGUGUGAAUUACUUGAGGAAAAUGCUGAAAACAUUUCUGAAGAGGAAGUUGAAAAAAGGUUGAAUGAGAUUUUGAGCGGCAGUUUGUUGAGGAUUGGAAACGUGCAGAAGAUAUCGAUGCCUAUGUUGAGAUACUCCCUGCAUCAUGACCUUGAGACGGAUAAUUUGAAACAACUGGCGAUUCGUCUCAAAGACAAGGAACUGAAAAAAUGCGACCGAGAGGAGCUGUUGAAGCUGCGACUGAGCGAGAAGAAUUCUCAGAGAAGCAGUCGUGUGCAGUCGGCCAGAGUGGUGGGAGUGACGACUGCCUCGUGUCUCUCGGCUCACCUCGAUAGUUACAAACCCACUCUUCUCAUUCUAGACGAGGCUGCUCAGAUCACAGAAUGUGCCUCCCAUUUAGCCAUCGCCAGAUUCAAACCCUGGCGACUCCUACUCGUGGGAGAUCCGAAGCAGCUACCACCUGUUGUACCCGAUGUUCCCACUUCCUCUUUCUCAUCUGUCUCCAAAGUAUCAUCUGCAGGUCCAAACCCAAGUCACGUGACAGCUCCAGCCGAUACAACUCUUUUCAACCGUCUGCAGCUAAACGGAGUCAAUCCUGUGCUGUUAAACACGCAAUACAGAUGCCAUCCGGAAAUAGCCAAUAUAUGCGGCAAGAUAUUCUACAACAACAUGCUUGUGAAUGGAAUCGAAGCUUCCCACCGUGCGCCAUUGAUCGCAUAUAAAAGGCAUGGUUCGUCUCAAACCAAAAGGUUGCUGCCGCCUGUUUGUAUGGUGAAUGUAAACAAUGGAAAACAAGAACAAAACAGCUCAAACAAUAAAAGUCUAACUAAUGAACAAGAAGCUAAUCUCUGUGUUGAUUUCAUUGUCAGUUUGGUGACUCAUCAAAACAUACCUCCUGAAAAAAUAGGAGUGAUAUGUUUUUAUAAAGCGCAAGCUAACUUGAUUGAUGAAAAAAUGGUGGCAAAAUUGGCUCACUUAGAUCAAGAACCGUCUCGCUGUGUCCCAAAAACAAGCACUGUGGAUGCCUUUCAGGGAGGGGAAUGCGACAUCAUCAUUCUAUGUACGACUAGAACGAAACUAAGCUCCAAUAUUAAACUCCAAUCUGAUUGGUCAAGCGAAGACCAAGAUUUCUUUUCUAAUCCGCACCGGUUAAACGUGGCAAUUUCCAGAGCCAAGACACAUCUCGUUAUACUGUGCCAUGUACCUCUUAUUUUGGAAUUGAUGAACUCGCCAAUUUUGGCAAAGGGCAGUAUGCCGAACUGCUGGGAAGAAAUUUACAGUAUUAUUGGCAACUCAGAAGAUCAGUACUUUCCAAACUCAGCGAAAUUCUAUGAAAAACUUGAUUUGAACUGAAAAUUUUGUUGCGCAGCAAAAAUUUUUGUUGAUGUUUUUUUUUGUUUUACGGUGCUUUAUAGCUAUUUUAUGUUCAGAGUGUUAUUUUUUGUUUUAUAU